GACAAGGUUAUUCGCGAGCCUCCAAAUCAAGGAACCAGGUGAGCCUAAGUCAAACUCCACCUUGGAGUGGUCUCUGUCCGGAGGAUCACCCCCUGCGAAGGAAACCCCACCCCCGCGGCUCCGGCGCGCCCCGCCCAGGCCCGCAGCGCGGCUGCAGCGCGAGGGGCGGAGAGGCACAGCGCGGCGAGAGGACCAGACGCCCAGGUCGCCCAGUGCCGCAGGACACCGAAAGCGCAUCUUCGCCGAGGCGUUCCAGCUGCUCCCUUGGCCUCAGCGACAGAUCACCUGUCCUCUGCCUCGACCCCAGCCCAGCGUCCCCUUCCUCCGGAGCACACGCUACCCUUGCAGUCGGAGACGCGCCCAGCCCCUCGUCGUCGUCGACCACCAUGGCGGAGACUAACAACGAAUGCAGCAUCAAGGUGCUUUGCCGAUUUCGGCCCCUGAACCAGGCCGAGAUUCUGCGGGGGGACAAGUUCAUCCCCAUUUUCCAAGGGGACGACAGCGUCAUUAUUGGGGGAAAGCCAUAUGUCUUUGACCGCGUCUUCCCCCCAAACACCACUCAGGAGCAGGUUUACCACGCCUGUGCCAUGCAGAUCGUCAAAGACGUCCUUGCUGGUUACAAUGGCACAAUCUUCGCUUAUGGACAGACAUCCUCAGGGAAAACGCAUACCAUGGAGGGGAAGCUGCACGACCCUCAGCUGAUGGGCAUCAUUCCCCGGAUCGCUCGAGACAUCUUCAACCACAUCUACUCCAUGGAUGAGAACCUUGAAUUCCACAUUAAGGUAUCUUACUUCGAGAUUUACCUGGAUAAGAUCCGUGACCUUUUGGAUGUGACCAAGACAAACCUGUCCGUGCAUGAGGAUAAAAACCGGGUGCCGUUUGUCAAGGGUUGUACCGAACGCUUUGUGUCCAGCCCAGAGGAGAUUCUGGAUGUGAUCGAUGAGGGGAAGUCCAACCGUCACGUAGCCGUCACCAACAUGAAUGAGCACAGUUCUCGGAGCCACAGCAUCUUCCUCAUCAACAUCAAGCAGGAGAACGUAGAGACCGAGCAGAAGCUCAGCGGGAAGCUGUACCUCGUGGAUCUGGCCGGAAGCGAGAAGGUCAGCAAAACAGGGGCAGAGGGAGCCGUUUUGGACGAGGCAAAGAAUAUCAACAAGUCACUGUCGGCCCUGGGGAACGUGAUCUCUGCACUGGCGGAGGGCACCAAAAGCUACGUGCCAUACCGUGACAGUAAAAUGACGAGGAUUCUCCAGGACUCUCUGGGAGGGAACUGCAGGACCACCAUGUUCAUCUGCUGCUCGCCGUCCAGCUACAAUGACGCAGAGACCAAGUCCACGCUCAUGUUUGGGCAGCGGGCGAAGACCAUCAAGAACACUGCCUCAGUGAAUCUGGAGUUGACUGCUGAGCAAUGGAAGAAGAAGUAUGAGAAGGAGAAGGAGAAGACCAAGGCCCAGAAGGAGACAAUUGCGAAGCUGGAGGCUGAGCUUAGCCGGUGGCGCAAUGGAGAGAAUGUGCCUGAGACUGAGCGCCUGGCUGGAGAGGACUCAGCUCUGGGAGCUGAGCUCUGCGAGGAGACCCCUGUGAAUGACAACUCAUCCAUUGUGGUGCGCAUCGCACCUGAGGAAAGGCAGAAAUAUGAGGAAGAGAUCCGCCGUCUCUACAAGCAGCUUGAUGACAAGGAUGAUGAGAUCAACCAGCAGAGCCAGCUCAUUGAGAAGCUGAAGCAACAGAUGCUGGACCAGGAAGAGCUGCUCGUGUCCACUCGGGGAGACAACGAGAAGGUCCAGCGGGAGCUUAGCCACCUGCAGUCCGAGAAUGAUGCUGCAAAGGACGAGGUGAAGGAAGUGCUGCAGGCCCUAGAGGAGCUGGCAGUCAACUACGACCAGAAGUCCCAGGAGGUGGAGGAGAAGAGCCAGCAGAACCAGCUGCUGGUGGACGAGCUGUCCCAGAAAGUGGCCACCAUGCUGUCCCUGGAGUCCGAGCUACAGCGGCUCCAGGAGGUCAGUGGACACCAGCGAAAGCGGAUCGCUGAGGUGCUGAAUGGGCUGAUGAAGGACCUGAGUGAGUUCAGUGUCAUCGUGGGCAACGGCGAGAUUAAGCUGCCUGUGGAGAUCAGUGGGGCCAUCGAGGAGGAGUUCACGGUGGCCCGGCUCUACAUCAGCAAGAUCAAGUCGGAGGUGAAGUCCGUGGUUAAGCGAUGUCGGCAGCUGGAGAACCUCCAGGUGGAGUGUCAUCGCAAGAUGGAGGUGACCGGUAGGGAGCUGUCGUCUUGCCAACUGCUCAUCUCACAGCACGAGGCCAAGAUCCGUUCACUCACGGAGUACAUGCAGACUGUGGAGUUGAAGAAACGGCACCUGGAAGAGUCCUACGACUCCCUGAGCGAUGAGCUUGCCAGGCUCCAGGCGCACGAAACUGUGCACGAGGUAGCUCUGAAAGACAAGGAGCCAGACACACAGGACGCGGAGGAGGUGAAGAAGGCCCUGGAACUACAGAUGGAGAAUCACCGUGAGGCCCAUCACCGGCAGCUGGCCCGCCUCCGGGACGAGAUUAAUGAGAAACAGAAAACCAUUGAUGAGCUGAAAGACCUGAACCAGAAACUCCAGUUAGAGCUGGAGAAGCUUCAGGCUGACUAUGAGAGGCUGAAGAACGAAGAGAACGAGAAGAGCGCCAAGCUCCAGGAGCUGACUUUGCAUUAUUCCCCCCAGGCCCGUGAACUCCAGACCCUCCACAACCUUCGCAAGCUGUUCGUUCAAGACGUCACGACUCGAGUCAAGAAAAGUGCAGAAAUGGAGCCCGAGGACAGUGGGGGGAUUCAUUCCCAAAAGCAGAAGAUCUCCUUUCUUGAGAACAACCUGGAACAGCUUACAAAGGUUCACAAACAGCUGGUACGUGACAAUGCAGAUCUGCGUUGUGAGCUUCCUAAAUUGGAAAAACGACUUCGGGCUACGGCUGAGAGAGUUAAGGCCCUGGAGGGUGCACUGAAGGAGGCCAAGGAGGGCGCUAUGAAGGACAAGCGUAGAUACCAGCAGGAGGUGGACCGCAUCAAGGAAGCCGUGCGGUACAAGAGCUCCGGCAAGCGGGGCCAUUCUGCCCAGAUCGCUAAGCCUGUGAGGCCUGGCCACUAUCCUGCCUCCUCACCCACCAACCCCUACGGCACCCGGAGCCCCGAGUGUAUCAGCUACACCAACAACCUCUUCCAGAACUACCAGAACCUGCACCUGCAGGCUGCGCCUAGCUCCACUUCAGAUAUGUACUUUGCCAGCAGCGGAGCCACAUCUGUUGCCCCCUUGGCUUCCUACCAGAAGGCCAACAUGGACAAUGGAAAUGCCACAGAUAUCAACGACAACAGGAGUGACCUGCCGUGUGGCUAUGAGGCUGAGGACCAGGCCAAGCUUUUCCCUCUCCACCAAGAGACAGCAGCCAGCUAACUCCCAACCCUGGCCACAUAUCUGCACUUUCAGUUUCUAAGAGGGACUGAGGCCUCUUCUCUCAGCAUGCUGCAAAACCUGUGGUCUCUGACACUAACUCCCUCCCCAGCCCGUGAUGUUGGACUGUUUGAUGUCUCCUCCUAUUCCGUAUCUCUUUGUACUCUGUAUCUAUCUAUCAGAAGCUGCUGCUGUGUCUCUCCUCUCUGUCCUCCCCUCUAAGUAUCUGAUGAUGUAUUUAGCAGUUUUUAAGCAUAGUCUCCCUUCCUCGUUGGGCGUUAGGGAGGAGGGAAAUGUCUCUUCUUUCUUCCAUAGACUCGUUUCUUACACCGAGUGAUGUCAGUCACUGAGUAGAGGUCACAAAAGAUAAAGGAAAAAUGGGAGCGGGGAGGCUGCCCUCCUCCUCUCUCACAAACACACGUGUACACGCACACACGCAUGCACACACACAGUGUACAUACAAAGCCUUAAGCAGAGGAAUGUCUUAGCAUCUACGAAAAGAGAGAAAUAGGCCCCCACCCCCUUCUUUACACAGAACACAGAGGAGGCCCCAGCGGAAGGUUGCGACAUCGCUCUCUCCCUCACACAUACGCACCCCUCACCAGAGUCAGCACACUGGAGGUGGUCUCCUCUGUCCUGUGAGGUCUGCCUUGUGCUCCCUUCCCCGGUUGGAGAGCAUGGACUACUCAAGGGACUGUUUCCCUUUCUGGCCCAAGCCUCUUGUACUUUCCACUCCAGAUAUCACAACCAGAACUUAGAGUUGGUUUAAAACAUCUUCUGAAAAUUCGAGAAGGCGGACUGCUGAGAAACCGCUGCUCAUCUGUCUGUGCCAAUAGUUAUACGCAGGUGGAGUCGGAAUGGUCGGCUCCCUGGCUCUGGGGAGUGAGCAGGCUGAGGGACUACUGUGUGCUACUCUGUCACAGAACCCUCAGGUUGAAGCUACAAGCUCGUUCUUUCUCCCAUAUUGGGCUGUGUGUGCUUCCCACCCCUGACUUUGGUUUGGGGCUUCCAGUUUAUUGGCAUAAUCGCCGUCUCUAGAUGCCGUCCCUUCAGAAUGGAAUCUGGCCUGUUCCCAGUAUACCUUCCUCCCCCAAACAGAGUUCCUUCUGUAAUCUCCAUCUGGUCCCAAGUGCACUUUAAAGACAGGGGUGGGGGAGCAGGUUGGAGCAUGGUGGCAGGCGGCCUCCCUGACACAGGAAAAAGCUCUGCUGUUGAUCCCAGCACUGCAAAAGCAAAAAAGCAAAAGCUGGGUGUAGUGGCUCACACUUUCCAAUGUUGCUCUCAGGAAGCUGAGGUAGGAAAAUUGCUAAAUUUGAGGCUAUCCUGGACUACACAGUUAGAUCCAGGAGAGCUUGUACUAUGACAGGAGGAAAUCCUAUCUCAGAAUGAAGGAAAGGAAGGAAGGAAGGGAAGGGAAGAAGGAAGAGAAAAAAAGGAAGGAAGGAAGGA